AUGGAGACUAUAGACGUCCAAAACAGAUCUUUCGUGGUGCGGUGGCUGAAAGUUCAAAAAGGGGACACUAUCAUCUUUCAAUUGAAGCCCUUGAAGCGGUCAGUGGAUGCCGGUGUAUACAAGCGUCAAACCACAAUUAACAACGAAACGUUUGAAAAGAACGGUGAAUUAAACGGCAAAAAUGGUGGCUCUAACUCACCUUCGAAAAGUAAUGGGAUAAUUGGUAGCGUUCAUAUUGCACCUGACACGAAAACGUUGCUGGAUUAUGCUUUGAAUCGCAGCAAUUCAUCUUCCGAAGAUGUCACACAAAGAAAUCGCUCCAAAUCGAUCUCCGCCGUGCAACACUCAAACCAAGAUGUUCCGCUAGACAAAAGGCUUAUUACCCAAGGGUUUACGCAGGUGAAAUGGCUAGGAACUAUUCCGGGAAAUGACCUUGUUGAAGGCAGCUUUCAGGCAGACGAAGAUGGAUAUUACGCCUUUGUGCUCGACAAUACCGCAUCCAAAACAGCGAAGAAAAAGAUCUUGCUUGGUGUGGAAAAUAAGACCCAAGGGCUUGAUAUGCCUGUCCGCAGGUCGCGCUCUCAGCUCGUCCGCGUCAAGCAAGGUCGAAUUUUGCAAGGCUACAUCCUCAAAAAGAGGAGAAAGAAGCUUCAAGGCUUCACGAAAAGAUUUUUUAAACUUGAUCUGAAGUAUAAGGCGUUGUCUUACUAUUUGAAUGAGCACAAUAACGUUUGCAGAGGUGAAAUCGUAAUUCCCUUAGCUACUGUCAGUGCUAACAAAAUGACAAGGCUAAUCAUCAUAGACUCAGGAAUGGAGAUUUGGGUUCUUAAGGCGAGAGACGAGUCUACGUGGAGCGAAUGGAUCCAAGCACUACAAGACUGUUACAAGAAAGAAGAAAAAAAAUUGGCUGCUACCAAGAUAGAUCAAACGGAUCCCUCUAAUCUACUUGCAGGAUUACAGCUGAUAGAGCAAAAACUUGAUGUAUGCCGGAUCAAUUCUCUUGGCUAUAGCCCCCCAACCCAAGAAGUCAAAAAUAUCAAGCAUAGCCUUCAGACAAGCUCUUCUUCACGUACCACGUCGGCGACAUCAUUAUCUCACAUUUUCGGAAAGAACAAAGAAAACUCACAAGAUGCUCUUAUUGGGCCAUUAGAUAUCCAGCAAGAAAAAUUGCCACAUUCACCGUAUGAACAUGAACUCUAUAAAAAAUUGGGUGAAGUGGAAGACCUCGUACGGCAGUGGCUGAUAUACAGCACUAAUGUGAUUCAUAAAAGUGUUGUCUCAGAAGACCCUUCCAUCUUCAGCGAUGAGUUUUAUGAUGCAGAGGACGACAACUUGAACCCUGAAUCUGAAUCUGAAUCUGACGAAGGUGUUAUCAUGCUAAAUGAUGAAGAAGGUGUCAAUGCGCUAUUGCUUUCUCAGAACAAAAAUAGUGGCAGAACUGAGGAUAAUGAUGAUGACAAUUCGUCCAAAUAUGACGCAAAGUUUGUACAGAAAAGUGUUCCGGGAUCUACGGGAGGAGAUUUAUAUCCCUUGCCUUGCGUUACAAAGAUCGAACGUCGGAAUGAUGUUCAAGAAGCUGUUGCGAGUCCACCGAGUUUGCUAUCAUUUUUGAGAAAAAAUGUUGGUAAAGAUUUGACAUCGAUAUCGAUGCCAAUAACAUCUAAUGAGCCAAUCACCAUCCUGCAAAUGCUUUCAGAAACUUUCGAAUACUCUGAGCUAUUGAACCAAGCCGCUGUAACAACCGAUGAAGUACAGCGAAUGGCUCUAGUGGCAGCAUUCUCGUGCUCGUAUUUGUCAAUGCAUCGAAGCAAAACACGCGCACUUCGUAAACCUUUCAACCCAUUAUUGGGAGAAACAUUUGAAUUAGUUCGCGAAGAUAAAGGAAUGAGGCUCAUUGCGGAAAAAGUUUCACACAAGCCUCAGAUUUUCGCUUUCCACAUCGAUAGCGCUCAAUGGGAAAUAUCUUACUCGGCUUCACCGGUCCAAAAAUUUUGGGGAAAGUCCAUAGAGUUUGUUAAUGAAGGCGAGCUCAAGCUUACUAUCAAGUCCACGGGGGAGCGAUACGAGUGGUCACAACCCACUACAAUAUUGAAGAAUAUAUUUGCUGGCGAAAGGUACGUCGAACCCGAAAACCACAUGGAGGUUGUUUCUUCGCACAAUAUGAAAGCCCGAGUGGCUUUCAAAGCUGCUGGUAUGUUUAGUGGCCGUUCAGAAGACUUAUCGAUUGCUAUUCAUCGGGGUUCUAACCAGGCUGGGUCCCUCAAGGGAGACUGGACGAAGUGUAUUUCUUACUCUCAUAAUGGCGCUAAGAUCUGGGAGGUUGGUGAAUUGGUUCAGAAUCAGGACAAAAAGUAUGGUUUCACGCAGUUUACGGCCAAUUUGAAUCAAAUUACCGAAAUGGAGAAAGACCAUAUUCCUGUAACAGAUUCCAGACUAAGGCCCGAUCUGCGUUUUUACGAGGACGGUAAGAUCGAGGAGGCUGGACAAUUGAAGCUUGAAUUGGAGCAACAGCAACGAACAAGACGCUUGGACAGCAACGACGUCAAGCCGCAAUAUUUUCACAGGGUUUCUGACAAUCACUGGGAAUUAAUUCGGGGUCCCGACAGCUACUGGGAGAAAAGAAAAAGAGGCGAUUGGACUAACGUGGUACCAUUGUGGUAA